AUGGUCGACUUCGCGUUCGACAAUUCUGAUAAUUGGUAUAUCGCUGGUCAAGACAAACCUACCAAGGAAUAUAAGGUGUGGAAGGCCCCAUUCGAUGAGAAAGGGUUGGCGGUCGAGAUAUUCACUGGAGAGGCAACAUCGAUUGACCUAUACUCUACCAGCGGAAACACUUAUGUUUUCGCAAUCGUUGAUAGCGAGAUUCGUAUGUAUGGUACCCCCGGCAAUCGCCGACCGCCUCUUGCGGGUGAUUUCGUCGUCAUCCGAGCGGCCGAAAAUACCCACGAUUGGGCAGCUCUCAUCUUCGACAGCUCAGCUAAAUAUCUUCAUGUGUCCGACAGAAAGAUGAAUCAGGUCUAUCGCUUUGAUGUGACUUCUUCAAGUUACCCUGAGAGGCUUGUUGCUGGUAAUCCCGAUGGUGUUGCUGCGGAUGAUGAAACGCAUCUCGACCAUCCCGAAGGA